AUGAACAUUGAAGUACUUUGCCCUUUACAUAAUGAAUAUAUUAUUUAACUUGAUAUUGAAGAGAAUAUUGAGCUUGGAAAGAGAACUUUAUGUGUAGAAUGCCAAGGAAAAAAACCAUUAAGUUUAAAAUAAAGUUUUGAGAAAUUGAAUGCAUUCAAUUAAGAAUAAUAAAAUAAUAAAGAAGCUUUGCCUUAAGUUUUAAUAAAAUAAUUAGAAGGCUUAAGAAAAAAUUUAGUUUAAGAAAUAAAUUCAGCCAUAGCAUCAAUAUAGAUUGAAACAAAUUAGAGAGUUAUUCAAAUACAAGAUAAUUACAGUAUAGUUAGUUUAUCAGAACUUUAGAAUUUAGGGGAGAGAUUAAGUUCUUUGAUGAACUAUUAAGAAAAGUUUUUGUAAAAGUUGAUUUCUAAUAUAAAGCUAUAGUUAUAUUAAAUUUUAGAUAAGUUUUUUAUUGAGAAUCCAUAAAAGAUAUUGUUAGAAAAAUAAAACUCACAAUAAAAAGGAAGCUUUAUUAAUUUGUAGGAUGAAAGAAAAACAAUGAAUUCACAAUUUAAAAAGAUAAAUGAAUAUAAUAUUGAAGAUCCUUGUUAAGCUAUAGCGUUUAAUCAAAAUGGAAAUAUAAUGAUAACAACUUCUAAGAAUGAUAUAUAUGUAUGGGAAUUUUAGAAAGGAAGAAUGAACUAAUAAAGAAUUCUUAAAGAACAUAAUAGUGAUGUCGUUACAUUAUGUGUUAGUAAGAAAUAAAACUUUUUUUUUUCUGGAAGUAUUGAUUCAUAAAUAAUUGUAUGGUAUUUAUGGAAGGCUGUAGCGAAAUUAAAUGAACAUAAAGGUAGAAUAAAUUGCAUAGUUCUUGGGAAAAAUGAAGAUACAAUGAUAUCAAGUAGUGAGGAUGGAACAAUAAGAGUUUGGAAUUAUAUUAGAUCUGAAUGGAGAAGUGGAUAAAUAAUGAGAAAUCAUAAAGGAUCAGUUUACUAGAUUUCAUUAAAUGAAGUGAACACUAUGUUAGUUUCAACAAGUUAAGAUUCCACUGUUAUUAUAUGGGAAAUUAAGGAAAAUUAAUAAUGGUAUUAAAAAUAUUAACUAAAUUAAAAUGUAUUUGGUAGAAAAGUAUGUUUUGUUUAUAAUUGUAAAUUUGUUUGGGCACCUCAUAAUUCUAAUUCAAUUAUAAUUUAUGAAAUCACUUAAAAGUAAUUAAAUAAGAUANAUUCUAAUUAAAUUUUAUCUAAUAUACUAAAAUAUUUAUAGAUGAACAUUGAAGUACUUUGCCCUUUACAUAAUGAAUAUAUUAUUUAACUUGAUAUUGAAGAGAAUAUUGAGCUUGGAAAGAGAACUUUAUGUGUAGAAUGCCAAGGAAAAAAACCAUUAAGUUUAAAAUAAAGUUUUGAGAAAUUGAAUGCAUUCAAUUAAGAAUAAUAAAAUAAUAAAGAAGCUUUGCCUUAAGUUUUAAUAAAAUAAUUAGAAGGCUUAAGAAAAAAUUUAGUUUAAGAAAUAAAUUCAGCCAUAGCAUCAAUAUAGAUUGAAACAAAUUAGAGAGUUAUUCAAAUACAAGAUAAUUACAGUAUAGUUAGUUUAUCAGAACUUUAGAAUUUAGGGGAGAGAUUAAGUUCUUUGAUGAACUAUUAAGAAAAGUUUUUGUAAAAGUUGAUUUCUAAUAUAAAGCUAUAGUUAUAUUAAAUUUUAGAUAAGUUUUUUAUUGAGAAUCCAUAAAAGAUAUUGUUAGAAAAAUAAAACUCACAAUAAAAAGGAAGCUUUAUUAAUUUGUAGGAUGAAAGAAAAACAAUGAAUUCACAAUUUAAAAAGAUAAAUGAAUAUAAUAUUGAAGAUCCUUGUUAAGCUAUAGCGUUUAAUCAAAAUGGAAAUAUAAUGAUAACAACUUCUAAGAAUGAUAUAUAUGUAUGGGAAUUUUAGAAAGGAAGAAUGAACUAAUAAAGAAUUCUUAAAGAACAUAAUAGUGAUGUCGUUACAUUAUGUGUUAGUAAGAAAUAAAACUUUUUUUUUUCUGGAAGUAUUGAUUCAUAAAUAAUUGUAUGGUAUUUAUGGAAGGCUGUAGCGAAAUUAAAUGAACAUAAAGGUAGAAUAAAUUGCAUAGUUCUUGGGAAAAAUGAAGAUACAAUGAUAUCAAGUAGUGAGGAUGGAACAAUAAGAGUUUGGAAUUAUAUUAGAUCUGAAUGGAGAAGUGGAUAAAUAAUGAGAAAUCAUAAAGGAUCAGUUUACUAGAUUUCAUUAAAUGAAGUGAACACUAUGUUAGUUUCAACAAGUUAAGAUUCCACUGUUAUUAUAUGGGAAAUUAAGGAAAAUUAAUAAUGGUAUUAAAAAUAUUAACUAAAUUAAAAUGUAUUUGGUAGAAAAGUAUGUUUUGUUUAUAAUUGUAAAUUUGUUUGGGCACCUCAUAAUUCUAAUUCAAUUAUAAUUUAUGAAAUCACUUAAAAGUAAUUAAAUAAGAUAACAGAUAUGAGUUUAGAAGGCAACACAUUUGAUUCUCAAUAUUGUUCUCUAAUUUACAAUAAAAUUAAGAAUUUAUUAAUUUAUUAAUCAUUUAAUAAACUCACAAUUAUCUAUAAACCAACUAGUUUACUAAAUGUGUUAUAAACAAUAGAUGCAAAAGAUGACAACUUUUGCUUUGAAUUAACAGAUGAUGGUAAUUAUUUAGUGUAUGGAUGCAAUAAUUAAUUUAUUAUUUACCAAUUUAAUGAAUAAUUUGUUUUUGAUUAAUGA